GGAUUUCAGCCCGUAGUUAGUUGGUCACAGCCGCCCCCCUUUUUAAAGCCCUUCAACCGCCGCCGCCGCCCCCCCACCCCUCUCUGGAUUGUCCACCGUGUCCCUCACAUCUUCAGUUUCUCGGCUGAAGAGACGAUGAAGCGCAGAGCACGCGCGCCCCGGGAGGAGCCUCGAUGAGCGCCGCGCAACAGGCACCCGGGCUGCGAACCCGCUGACGGCUCAUCGGCUUUACGGGAACUGUUGCACGAACCCCCCCCGCCGCGAUGUCCCUGCUGUGUGUCAGAGUGAAGAAAGCCAAGCUGCACGGGCCUCCAGACAAGUUCAACGCGUACGUGACCUUAAAGGUGCAGAACGUGAAGAGCACGACCGUCACGGUCCGAGGGGACCAGCCCUGCUGGGAACAGGACUUCAUGUUUGAGAUCAAUCAUCUGGAGUCGGGUCUGGUGGUGGAGCUGUGGAACAAAGGCCUGAUCUGGGACACGAUGAUCGGCACAGCGCUGAUACCUCUGGACUCCAUCGGACAGUCUGACGAGGAGGGGCCGGGACACUGGACCUCGCUGGACUCCGAGGUGCUGAUGAGGGAGGAUGAAAUCUGUGGUACCUCCAACCCAACGCCACACCAAGUGCUGCUGGACACCCGCUUCGAGCUGCCCUUUGAUAUUCCGGAAGACGAGGCUCAGUACUGGAGCGGUAAACUGGACCGGAUCAACACCAUGCGGAUACACGACGAGUACCCUCUGCAGGAAGAGGUCCGGAGGGGGCGAAUGGCCUCCGUGCCCUCUCAGUGCUGUAGUUGGAGUUAUUUUGGAUGGAAUGACCAACAGACUUUGGAUGACCACGACAGUGCAGUGGAUGACCGCGACAGUGACUACCGCAGCGAGACCGGCAGCAGACCCCCACGCUUCCACAACACCCCCCAGACUAAUUCAUCAGUCCACCAGUACCCCGUAGGGCGCAGGGCCCAACACCCGACCCCCUCCGGGGAGGCCGACUCUAUACGAAGCUACGAGCUGGACUACAGAGAAAUACGGCGUCCCAGGCGAUCAAACAGUAAAGGUGGAAUAAGAAUAAUCCCUGUCGACUCCGGUAUGGGGGUGGAAGAUUGGGAGAAUAAAUAUAAAGUGCCUGACUCGGGUGUCUUGGAUGAUUACCUGGACGCUGAGCAAAAGAUUUGGGAGGACGAAAAUAAAAGCAUCAUCUACCGAAUCAGCGACAACUCUUGUGAGUCCAAAAGUAGCAGGUUCUACCAGACCGUAGAAUGUGACGCUCUAUCCCCCGAUGAGGGGGCGGACGGCGCCCCCCCCAGACAGAGACGUGGCAUUGGUAGUGGAGAGGUACGGAUAGUUUACAAGGAAGCCGGCAGCUUUGAGGAUGAGUCGUCCCCUCCUGAAAUUGAUAUAAUUCCCUCGGUCAAACAGCUACGACAGCAGGCAGACAGAGAAGGUCUACUUUACAAGACCAGACUGUGGGCCAAAACUGCCUUGGAGGACACACUAGAGAGCUAUGCAGCUUUUUGUGAGGAGGAAGAAGCUCGGGAAGAGGCUGCAGGAAUCAGAGGGAGGGGAGACUAUGGCUCGCUUGGUUCAGAUGACAUGCAGUACUCCUUUGGAUCUGAGGAGGAACUCUAUGACCUGACGUUUUCUGAUGGGGAUGUUAGCUAUGAAUAUGACAGUUACACCUACCCUAGCAAGUACAUGUCACCUUUAGGACAAGUCUAUUUAAGUAAAGGGAGAAUAGGUCAUGGACCAGAUCCUAUGUUGACGCCCGUAGAGGAGCCAAAUGAUGAAUAUGUAGAUGCCAUGGGUGAACUUCAAAGCUUAGUUCAUUCUGUAUCUGAAUACCUGGCCGUGAAAGAGGAGGAGAUCAACAGCUAUGAAUCAAUUCCCAAACCAAUUAGAAGAAAACUCCCAGCACUGCCAACCACUGCUGAAGUCGUACAACCUGAAGAAAGUAAUAGCCAAGAAGUCCAACCCGAAGUUAAGGAGGACACUGCUGUUGAACAGGGAAUAGCUGGAGUAAAGAAUGCUAUGAGUUCAUUAUUCAGUACAAUCAAAGGAUCAAAGGCUACAGCUGAAGUAGAAGCCUCUGCCACGCCUACAUCUCCCAAACAGCCACAGGCAGACUCCGGUAUUUCAAAACUUCUCUCUUUGAUCCCUAAAGUUAAUACCGAAGCCCCAGAAACGUCUGGUACCAUUCCAACAGAUGCACCACCACAACCCGAGUCUGGUAUUUCAAAGCUGCUUUCGUUCAUUCCCAAAAGUGGUGGCACUUCCGUGCCAGUGGCUAUAGUUCCUCCAGCCUCUCAGGAGCCCACAGCAGAAAAGAGGUUUUCCCUGCAGUCUCUUCUGCCGUUUCAAUCCUCUGAAUCCAGUCGAGCAGCCGACACGGGCCAGCCGUCAGCGCGUGUUGACACAGAGGCACAAGCCAGUGCACCCUCUGUUAUUCAAUCCUCCUCCGGUUUGGAGUCCAUGUUUGGGAGGCUUAGUCCUUUGAGACUCUUUUCGAGUGCACCGCCAUCUAGAGAGCCUUCACCUCAGCCGUCAGAGCAAAAAAGCCCAUCUGCUAGAAGCAAUGAAUCCAUCCAAGAGUCUGAAAACAAAUCCACUGGGCCUAGAGAGGGCUCAGAAACAGAACGACAGUCAUCAGGCGAGACGAGGCCAGGAUCAGGAAGCGGAUCAGCUGAUCUCUUGCCAGAUACAGGAUCGAUUGAGCUUUCGCAGGAAACCGUGAGUGGAUCGGUGGAGCUUCUGCCAGAAACAGAGUCAUCUGGUGAGCUACCUGAUAUUCAAGAAAGAAGAACACCUGCAAUCUCUGAACCAAAAGCUGAACGCAUUACAGAGGAAACCGGCUUCUUCAGUCCUUUUAAAAAAUCUCUGUCUACCCUCAUAUCAACAGCUCCUGCCGAAAGUCCCCCGAGCAACACAACACCUGCUGAGGAGUCAUUUUUAGGCAGCAAACUCAAGAUUCCUUUUUUCUCUUCUGAAAAUAGUCCCACAAUAACCCCACCAAAGACGGAAGGGGGAAUGCUCUCAGGCAUUCUCAAGUUUGCAUCUGGCGAAGAUGUCAAUGCCUCUUCUCAAGGUCCAUCCUCCAGCAUUGGCAGAAGUCCCACCCCAAGUCGUGCUGCUCUUCUUGAAAGUGCCCCUAAAGGAAACACAGAAACUGGCUGGUUUUCAAACCUGUUUAAGGUAGCCCAAAGUGAACCCGCUAAGGAAGCUGCAUCACCAAAAAUGACUCCCAGUGUAUUGCUAACCAAGCCUAGUGGUCAAACUGAGCCUCAUACUGGGCCGAUGGUCCCUGAAACCACAGUGAGCCCGCUCUGCAGAACAGAACAAUCGUCUCAGGAGCAAGCGUUGUCUGAAAAAGAUUCCCGAAGCAAGACAGAAGUCCUGCCUGAGGCAGAUGUCACAUCUAUAGAUCAAGUUCCACCAAAACCUGUGGAAUCACAACUCUCAGAGGCCAAAGGCAUAUUUUCUGGAUUGCUGAAACUAGGAUCAACAGAAGACGUGUCGUCUGACAAGAAGGCCCAAGGAGGGGAGAGUCAGCCUCAACAGGGUGGACUAUUCUCAGGCCUAUUUUCAUCACCUUCUCAGUCGUCUGCCGAAACAAAACAUAAUCCCCCCUCACAACCGCCAGGAGGAAUGUUGUCAGGACUUUUAAAAUUUGCCUCUGAUAACGUGUCUGCUCCUACCAAUCCGUCACAAUCAUGCCCAGCAGGCCAGUCAGGCCAAAUUCCACCUCAAGGACAACCUGCUGCUGAACAGACAGUUUCUGCAGGAUUCUUUUCUGGGUUCUUGAAAAAAGCUGCUGACACAAUGACUGGGGCUCAAGCAAAUCCGCCCAGUCAAGAGUCCCAUCCAGAAGGAGCUGAAAAUAUAGUAAAAACAGAAAGACUUGAACAAAACUUGAGUCAAGGGACAACUCCUCCUAAUCAGUCAGGAGGGGAUUUGUCUGACCAGCAAUUAGAACAGUCUGUAGUCUCCCAUCAACAACCAAACCAACAACUACAGACUGAUCAAACAACUGAAGAACAACAUCUCCACGCAUCAGGAACUAUGUCUCAACCUAGUGGAGGUUUGUUGAAACACACUGAAACCGCUUCCCAGCCACAAGAAGGACCCCUGGCAACACAAUCUACACAAUCAAAUCAGCAAUCAGGUAAUAUGCUGUCAGGAUUUUUUAACAAGAUCGUGGAACCUAGUCCCACUCCGCCCCCACAACAAUCCCAGUCUGGUGCUCAAGGGACAAACCAAAAACCAGCACAGACAGCACCUCCUCAACAAGGAGGCUUUUUCUCUGGUCUAUUUGGAAUGGGGGGCCAGGACUCUGCUCCAGCAAACCCAGGCCAGCCCUCACAAAACCAGCAAAAAAGUGGCACAUCUGGGAAACAAUCUAAUGAGCAACAGGGCAAUAGAGAAAACCAAGUCCCUCCACAACAGCCACCAGGUAGUCCCGGAGGUAUGCUCACUGGAUUUUUUAACAAAAUUGCGGAUGCAGGCCCCCCACAGCCCGCAGUCGGAAAUCAACCAGAACAGCAACGUGCACAAAGAGCAGGGCCGAGAAUUACCCAGCAACCACCUAAUCAACAGGGAGGCCUCUUCUCUGGGCUAUUUUCCACCGGCCCCACUCCUCAAGCACAGCAACCACCAGUUAGUCACAGCAAACAGCAGCAACCCCAACAAGGUAACAGACAGCCUCUACGGAGGCAAAACCAGAUUCUUCCGCAACCAGCUGCCCCUGCACCAGAGCCGCAGCAGGGGGGCUUAUUAUCCGGGCUUUUUAAUAAGUUAGCAUCCACGGAUAAUGUACAACAACAGCCCUCUCCACAGACAGGGUCCCAACAGGGAAGUAAAUCAAACGUUGUUGGACCUGGUCCAUCUACAGGUCAGCAAUCGGCUCAAUCCAGUCAGCAAGGAGGAUUCUUUUCUGGUCUGUUUGGGCAGCCAUCACCUCAGCAGCAGCAACCACCUGGCAAGAUUGCAAAUCCUCAACAUACAGCAACCCAACAGCCUAGUCAAAGUGGAGGUUUGCUUUCGGGUAUUCUGAAGCUUGGAUCUGGUGAAAAUGUACCACUGGAUCAACAGUCAUCUCAACCAGCUCAGGCAGGUCAACCAUCUGUUAAAUCCGGACCAGUUCCAGCCCAGCCUGAAUCAGGGGGAUUAUUGUCGGGUCUGAUGAACAAAAUUGCAGGUACUGUGGAACCGUCAUCAUCACCUCCUGAUCAGGUAAAUCUCCAAACAACACAGGAACAACAUUUUCCCCGUGCAGGACAGGGGCGACCACAGAUUCAGAGAACCAAACCAGUAGAGAUGCAUUCCACCCAAGAUGCUUCCACAGUUAAGGAUUCAAAAGGUCCAGCUCAAAAAGGUUUUCUCUCUGGCCUUUUUAGUGUCACAGAGGAGUCAACGCCUCCGCUUGGGAAGGAGGAACCAAAAACCAGCACAAGUAGCACGUCUCCUGGUCUGCUAUCUAGCAUUUUCAAAUCAGGCCCCAGUGAGGCUAGCACUUCUGCUCCUGGAAAGGAAUCUGAAAAAGGCCUUCUUGAUCGUUUUCAACCAAAGAGUAAGGAGGAUACCUCUUCAAGUACAGCAACACUCACAACUGCUGUUGUUACAGCUACUUCAGUUGUUGAUUCCCAGAAAGAACCUCUGCAAUCUCAGGUUUGGAAAGAUCCGACAAUUUCUCCAACCCAAUGUUAUCUUGAGGAAAUUCAACGUCUUUUGUAUGGGACAGAAAAUGCGUAUGGGUACAGGGAUCUUUUAUACAACUUUACAGAGCAUGGUGUUAUUCCACCAGAGCUCUAUGAGCAUCAGUGUCUCAUAGAGGCUCUUCUGUGGCAGCAACUUAAUGAUUAUGCCCUUGCUGAAGCCCUUGCCUGUCAGGUUCAGGAACGCUCUCAUGCAUGCCAAGGGAAUAUACCAUCAACUGUUAGAGCCCCUCAAUAUCAGAACCAGUCUUGGUUAAAUCCUAUAGAAAUGGACAUCAGUGACUUCAAUGUGCCCUCACAUCCUUGGCGGGAUGCUGCUACCCACCAUUUUGAGAGCAGAAGUUGCUUCUUAAAACAAGAUGAAGAUCUUGUUUUGUUUGAUAUGACCUGCAGAGAUAAGAAACCCUGGAGUAGCUGUGACCAUUUGAAUGAUCUUGAUAGGAAAAGAAAAACUUGGAUUGAUGAAAGUAGUGCUCUAAAUCUGUGCAUGGAAAAAACAAAGACACGGUUAAGUAGAGCUCAUUCGCUUGCAGACUGCAGUUUACAAAAGUCCUCCUUGGAAUUCAGCAAAGUAGUGGAAAAAAGUGGUGUUGCUAGUGGUGCAACAGAUGAAGACUUUGGUUUGAAGGCAGCAACUGAGUUUUUAAAACAACUUUCCACAAAAAAGGGUCCAAUUGAUUUAACACGUGGCGCUGUGAAUUUAAGCAGGUCUGCAGGCACUACAGGAGAUACUGAUGAGGAAAUGCUCUUUGAGAAUCCUGAGUGGUAUCAACAAUGGCUUUCACUGUUGGAGCAAGGGUUGUGGUGGCCAGCUGAGGCUGGGGACUGCGGAUAUUAUGUUUAUAUAGAUGACGAAUACAUCUAUUCCCUCUUAACCGACAGAGCUGGGAGACACCUCUAUGCCUGUGGUGCACCAGAGGAUGUACAAGCUCUCGGAAAUAUUACUGAAAAUAUUGCCAACAUUCUGAAACAAAAAGAAAAGGAUAGAGUUACCCUUUGUGGUUUUAAAAUCCCCCUCUGCACCGAAGAUAAAGGUUUAUGGAUUCAAGGGCAGCAACAGAAUGAAUCACAACUUUUAGAUGCACCCAUCAACUUAACUUCUGCCCUUAGAAAAGGAGAAAAAAUAAUGAACAUGAAUUUGGAAAGCUUCUCUCAAAUGUUUCAAGAAUCUUUGUCUGCUCAAGUUGAUCAGCCUGUAGACUUCAGUGUCUAUAAGCUUAAAAAGAUUAAUGUUGAAUCCAUGCAAAAUAGCUGCCGAGAGGAGCCAAUGGAGGCUUCUGAUCUUACUUUAAAGUCACCGAAAGGGGGACACGGUGGGCCAUACUGGAAGAAUCAGGGGAUAAAAGAUGAACUUACAUUCUCAACAUCACCUUCUCUGAGCUACUAUUCAGCACCAAUCUCUGCAAAUAGACGUUACCCGGUUCCUGAAAUCAGGAUUUCAAAUAUAAGUGAGACACCUGCAGACCAACCAUUACAAAAGUCAAACUCCAUAUAUUCAGCAAUUGGAGGAAUAGCUGGAAUGUCUCCUACUCAUGCAAGUAAAGCUGGUAAACCUACAUCCUCAACACCUGUUACAUCAAAAUUGGUGUCCAGCAAGGUUUCAGAAACUUCAAACAUUUCCAGAAAACUUGCUGAGAGCCCGUCUGCUUCGAAAAUACCAGGAUCCGUACAGUUGGCAAGGAAACUGCCUACACCCCCACCUGUAACUAAAGCCUCUUCAGCCCUUUCAGCUCAGCCAACUUCUGUUAGGAGUUUACCCUCAACGCCCUCUCCUGGAACUGUGGCUGGACCUACGAUUUCCCCGCAGAGACCCCAGCUUGCAAGGCAGCUAUCUCAGGCGGACAAACCCAGAGUAUUAUCGGAAGCGAAUAAGACCACAGUCACAGAGACAUGUGACUUUGGUAUAGUCAGCCGUCCCUUCUCAAUGGACAAAACACCCCCCCUGUCUCCAAAGCAGACACAAGAUCCACCUAAGGAAUUUACUCCUAAGUUACAUAUACUGAAUGAGAGCCCAAGUAAUGAAGCCCAUCUUUACAAAAGAAAUCAUAACUUUGGCACUCCUAUUGAACGUCAGAUACGCAAUAAAGCCUUAGAUUUUUCUUCCACAAUUAAUGUAAUCAAAAAUACCAAAGAAAACGAAGUGACCAAUGCCAACCUAGAUUCCACACAAAAAGACCAAGUUGUUGACUUUACAAGAUACAAGUUGAAAAAAUCCAAAGAAAAAAAGGAAAUGGAUGCUAACACAACUGUGAACUUGACUGACAAGAUCAACGCUGUAGAUCUUACGAAAAAAAUUGAGGAGGAAGAAGAGGAAUGUCCUGACAUAGAAUAUCCCACUUUGGGAGCUCUACAGCAAAGAUUUUCAAUUCAGAGAACCGUUUCUCAGACCAACUACAGGCCUGUUGUCCAACAAAACAAAUCAGAAAGACAAUUGUCCUGUCCAGAGGUUCGAGUUGCUAAUAUGUCUUCUACAAUGCAUAUGGAUAGACCCCUAGCCUCCCACAGUACCUCUACAACUGACUCCAACCAAUGUGGUGUUCCAAAACCGUCUAUUCCAUCUUCUCAGAAAUUACCUCGGAGUUCUGACACCAAUGUAAUGUCAUCAACAACGAGAAUUUCUUCAGUUACUCAUAUUGCUAGUGAAGUGUCCGGCAUUGAAGGAGGACUAAAGCCGAUACGCACUGCCCCAUUGGUAAGCCCUGUUUCGAGACAACACCCUCAGGGACAGCUAGUUAGUUCUUCAUUCAACAUGCAUCAAAAUAUUCCGCAACGCCCACCAAUAGUUCCAGCUGGUUGUAUACAGCAGGUUCCUGUUGACAGUAAGAGGGCAAUUUUUAGACCUCCUUCACGUCAGUCGAGUGGAGACGCCCACCAAUAUCAGGGUAACACUGCACCAGCAAACUCCGUUAAAGCAACGCUAGAUAUGUCUAAGACAAUAAGCCAGCAGACUCGGCAAGCUGUUGUACGAUCGAAGGAUCCUGCCCCGGUGGCGCUGUCAUUGACAAAGAGAAAAACAACUUCAGAGGAGACAAAAACAAGUUAUAGUGCUCAUGAAUCCAUUGACUUGUCAAAUAGAGGGGAAUCCCCAGAGCGUCAGGGAAUAACAACGGAUAAUAAGCAUUCAUCAGCUGUUAUAUAUCAAUCUCAUACUACUACAGGUGUUACAAAAAAAGAGAUUCCAUCUGGUAGUAAGAGGUCAUUCUUACCCAGACAGCAAUCUCUCUUAGGUCAGUCUUCUGAAUCCCUUGAAAUGUGGAGACCACCCCAGGAAGCCACAGCACCAGCCAAUUCAGUUAAGGCCACUCUAGACAUGACUUCUAAGUCUUCUGCCAAUUUGAAGGGGUUGGUUCUUGAAGUACGAUCAGAUGACACUCUAACUGAAGCUCUACCACUAACAAGAGGCAAGCCAAGUGCCCGUGAACUUGCACGCAAAGACUCGGUUGGUGUACCACUAGUUGUAGAUAUUCCUUCUCAACAAUUUCCUGGUGACAUUAAGAUCAGCUCCCUUACAAAUGCACACCAGGAAUUCAAAAACAGGACACAAUGCAACACAGAUUCUAUUAAAUAUCAACAACAAUAUUGCCACAGCAAACCUAAUUCCUUUAUGCAGUCAAAUCACUCAUUUCUGCAGUCUUCAGAAUCUGUUUCAACACAUCAAACAUUGACUUCAACAAAACCGUUAACUGAUGCAGCACUGGAUAUGUCCCCCAACCUGUCACAAGCCAUACUGAGGACAACAAUAUCAGAAUAUGAAUCAACUCAAAGAGAGGCAGUAUCACUUGUUAAUAAGCCAAGCGCAAGGGCAAUUGCCAGAAAGGAUUCAGUUGGUCUCCCUCUUGUAGUUGAACUGACCCCACCUGAGUCAACAUGCCAGAAGCAACCUCAGACAUUGAGCCCUGUGCAAAAACAGCAAACCCUUGAUAGAAACAUGGUCCCUAUCAUGCAUCAACCCCUUCUCAACUGUAUGACAAUGAAGUGCCCCAGUGCACAUGAGACUAAUGGUGUUAAGUCAAAUCUAUCAAAUGUACAGUUUUCAGACACUUCUCAAACACAUCAGACUUUGACAAAACCUGUCACAACUGCAGCACUGGAUAUGUCACCCAAACCAUCCCAUGUUACACUGCAAACGUCAAUGCCAGAAUCUGAGUCUACUCAAAUCGAAGCAAUUUCCCUUGUUAAUAAGCCAAGUGCAAGAGCGGUUGCCAGAAAGGAUUCUGUUGGUAUUCCCCUCGUAGUUGAAACAACACCACUGGAAUCAACAUGCCAAAGGCAACUUCAAACCUUUAUCGAUGCACCGAAACAUCAAACCCUUGACAGAGACAUUUGUCCUGUUCUGCAUCAACCAGUUCCCAGCUGUUCCGGUAUUAGUGAAGCCAAUGGUGUGUCACAUAUCACUAUCCAACCUCAACCACUCUCUACAGCUCCAGCCAACUCUGUUAAAGGCACAAUCGAUAUGUCAACAAAGGCAUGUAUAUCUGAUACAGUGGUCAACUAUUCAGAUCCAGUGUCACUGGUAAGGACGAGGCUUUCAGGCUUUGCACAUUCUCAAAGAGAUUCUGCGGGUGUCCCAUUAAUUGUGGAAACACGCCCCUCCCAGGAGCAACCUAAAAGGCAACAAACACAAGUAGGAUCGCAAGAACAGAUGCAACAGCAAUUUGUGCACACUGGAUCUCGAGAAACAGAUCAAAGAUCAUCAGCACCUGCCAACUCCAUCAAAAGCUUCCUAGAUAUGUCUCCGAAAUUACCGCAAAGACCAUCGGAAAUAGGUACAAAUACCAUGCCAACUGAAACUGUACCAUAUGUCAGAAACAUGACAACGGUACCAAAGAAUUAUUGUGUUGGUGUACCGCUCAUCAUGGAACAAUCUGCAUACCACCAAGGAAUGCAUAUAUUGAGUGGAGUUAACACAACAGAGACACCACAUUGGCAGAUUUCCAAUCACAGUUAUGAGGUUGUUUCUGGUUCAAAAACUACCCACAAGGACACAUGCCAACAACAUAGAGCAGUGGACUUCUCUCCAAGAGAUAGCGUGGAUACAACUAACAUUAAAUUGCAACCAUCGAGUACUUUCACUAUUCCAGUGGAUGGACAGCCAAUGAAUUGCACUAAUAACAAAGCAAAUAAAGACGUGUUUGAAAGAAGGCAGACUGGAGGGCAGGAGAAAAAAAUAAUUCUGGGUAUUGUUGACCUAACUGUGGACUCUAUGGUCAAAACCCCAAUUACAGGUCUUGAAGAUGCAGAAGAUCUAUCAUUUUCCUAUAUGUCUUCUCAUUCUCAGAAUGGUGUUUACGAUCAGCAGCAAUACAUUCCUCCACUCACUUCUGUUGAAUAUUCCACUGAAAAACAGGCCUACAUCCAACAGGGCGGACAAUGCAGAAGGCAGCCGGAAAGAGGACUGAAUACUUCAAUUUCCUCCAUAGAGACAAUUCAAAGGAAGAAACAGACUCCUCAGAAUUUUGCUUGCCAGGCUAUGCAGGACCAUAUAUCUGCUACAUUCUCAGCAAAAAGUGCGUACUAUCAGGUCACAACUGAUCAACCACAUCAAUUGCCUCCAAAUAUACCUCAGCUACAAACACAACAUUCAGUCCCACAACAGCAUAAUCAACAAUCUGGUUGGACCUCAUCCACUGCUAGAUCCCAGGCAAAGGUUCCAAAGUUACAAAGACAAGAUACAGCUGUUCAGCAUGAGAUGGCGUUUAGGCCAAAAAUUCUUAUAAAGCAGCCAACAGUGGACAGCUACGGAACCAUUGAAGAAGACCCAUCAAACAUUGAAACAAUCACUAGUAAGGGACAAAUGUUGCCUUCCCUUUCCACCCAGCAACUCGAUGGUAGAUCCCAAACUGUUUCUACUUUAAUUAUUCAGCAAGCACAAGAAAGAAACAGGAAAGAUCCUUCAGUUCAGUCUUUAGACUUUCAGCCAGUACAGGGCAGUGCAGCAACAGACUAUUCUGCAAAGGAAUCCCUUCAUCUCUCAAAACAACCUGAUCCAAGCCAAGGCCCUGUCACUGUUCAGCCAUAUCAGAAACCAACUGUUAGUACCGUUACUGUAAUUCAACAUGAAUCAGAGGUUAGUGCGCAACCCACCACCGUACAUGGCCCAAUUCCGGUAAUUCAAGUAAAGAGUAAUCUAAACCAGGGUAUUGGAGCUGAAAUGCAAGGACAGAAAGUAUCUCCAACACCAACCGGGCCCACCUCUGUUAAGGGUUUGGUUUCAUUAUAUAGUCGCUUAGGUUCACAAGCCUCCAUCACUGCAAAAUCGGUUGAUGUGACGCCUCACCACGCUCAGAUUGUGUCAAUACCUGUGGAUGACAAAAUCCAAGUUACUCCAACACAGACACCUGCUAUCAGCCAUGUUACAUUCACUCCUGAUGAGAAAACAGCACCUGUAUUGACUGAAAUUCCGAUCCACUGUCAUGAUGAAGAUAAGAUUUCAGUCGAUUUAAGCCCGAAAAUGCUUGCUUCCUCUGUUUAUCCUCCUUGCACACCAGCAUUUCAUAGUGACCAAGAUGACCCUGCUUUUAAAUUAAAAGAUGAAGAUUCAAAAAGGAACUAUCUUUUUCAAUCAAUGGUCUCGUCCUCCGACAAUUUAGCAAUGAAUGCUGAGAGGUCUAUUUCUCAAGACUAUCAGCAUCCAGUGGCAACCCUAAAUGCAAGUCCAGCAGGAGAUUCCCCGGGAAAACAAUUACCUCCUCUUGAAUGUUCACCGGUUAAACCACCAAAUACUAUGACACCUAAAGGCAUUUUAAGUAAAACCCAUUCAAUAGAAUGUUUAGAGACAGUGUCAGAGGUUGCAUCCAAACCAACUACCGAAGACGUCAUCAUAGAUAAUAUGGCUUUAUCUAAAUCAGGCAUGUCACAGCAGCAAUGUCUUAAGGAUACAGGACAAACUACAGACACUGAAUCUGCUCCUGUCAAUACUGGAUUUGGUGAAGUAUCUACCAUAGCCAACACAUCACAGGAGGAAAUCAGCUAUCCCAACGUCCAUCUACAUUGGCAUAGAUUACUCAAAAGCACCUUCUGUCGAAACAGAAAUUGACCCAAGUGAGCAGAAACCUUUCAUUAGACUACCCCAUAUUUUUGUCUCAGCAGCAAGUUCACCAGAAGACGAUUCAGUUGAAGAGGACCUUAAUCAAUCCACUCAACCUGAACUGUGUGAAGCCAGUGCUUCUGAAGGUACCAAUGAAAUUGCAGCAUCAUUGCCAGACAGCGAGGAAUCUCUACCUGCGGAUAUUGUUGCACAAUCUGUUAUAACUGUGGAUGAUACGGCUGCAGAAACCUCUAGCACAAAAGCAUUCAAUGAACCUGAGACCUAUUCACCAGAGAUGCUAAGUACCCUGACUACAGGAGAUUAUACCCAUGCAGAUGAAAAUCAGUCCUGCCCUGUUCUUAUCAAGGAAAGCUCAGCUAUAGAAGAUCCCCUAUUAACAGCUGUUGAAGUACAAUCAGAGACAUCUGUGGCUUGUGAGCCGCCACUGGAGAUGACUUCGAAGGACUUAAAAUCUAUAGCUUCAGAGAUAACACCACUUGAAAUAGUUAAAACUCUCACUGAUCUGACCAAUCAGGUAACUGAAAACACAGUUUUAGUGCCGGAGCCAACAAAGUGCUCUAAAACUCUUGAAGAGUUAGCCCACAGUGAUAAGAGCAACACUUCAGAUGUUAUAUUUCCAGAAGAUGUUGAUAUGUUGUCACUGAAAGAAGAACCCUCGGUCUCAAACAUAAAAUCAGCUGAAAGUGUUCAACAGCUUUAUGAAAAAACUGAAAAGGGCGUCACCUUAUCUACCCCUCCACCCAGUCCUGUCAAACCUGUCCCAGAAGAAAUCACAACCUCUAAGGAGGAUAAUUUGGCGGUUAGGACUGAUCCACCCGAGGCAGAACAACCAGUAAAAGGAAUAUUUUCUAUGUUUAGUGGCUCUACUGCAACCCCACAGCAGAGCACCUCCCAAACUGGAUUAUCAAUACUUGGUGGCAUUCUUCCUGCGUCAUCUACCAAAGACAGUCCUGGGACAGGGUUACUCUCAAUGUUGGGUGGGUCAAAUGCCCCAUCUUCGCCUGGAUUCAAAGACCCACCACUUUCAACCCCACAUGAGACCCAGGGAAAAGGCUUAUUCUCUAUGUUUGGUGGAUCGAGUAGCCAACCACCAUCUGGCCCAAGAGGUCCAACUGGUGGGAGUGUGCGACCUAGAGGUCCUCCACCCAAAGAACCACCAGGCAAAGGCCUGUUUUCCAUGUUUGGUGCAUCGGCUCCUCAGCAACCACCCAGUCCCAGAGCUCGUCCUAUGGAAAGUGCCACACCAAGAACACCUUCCACUGGAUCGUCUAUAUUUGGUGGCAUCCUCCCAGGUUCUACUACAAAUAAAGAAACUCCUGUUGGAGGUUUGUUUUCCAAGUUUGGAGGUCUAGGUGCCCAGUCCCAAACAGGAGCAAAGGUACCCCCACCAGUUAUACCACCAGGACCCAGGGGUCCAGAGCCCUCAGGAAAAGGACUAUUCUCUAUGUUUGGUGGACAAAACCUGCAAGCAUCAGAAGACCAUCCAGUCGCUUCUAAACCACCUGAAUCAGAGGGUGGUUUCAAAGUUCCCUCUGUGUUUUCACUUGGUGGUAGUUCUGAUGGUAACAAAUCUAAAACUGGGUUUGGUCUAUUUGGAAUGUCUUUCAUGGAAGAACCAACGACAGAGCCAGAAACAAUUGUGAAGGGGGAGACUGACUCCAAAAAGCUGAAACCCAUGGACACAAAAGAUAUUUCGAAAGUAGCAAAGGACCCCAUUAUUGAGGCCAUGGAAAAUGUACCUUCUCAGCCUCUUUCUACUUCAUUAGAUAAAGUGGAAAUCCAAAUGGAGGAGGCUUACCAAGAUGGUCAAGCUUCAACCUUAGAUACUACUGAAAAUUCUGUUUGCCCAACAGAUCGAGAUCUGGGGGGAGACAAAUUAGCCAUGAUGCAAUCUUCUAAUGCUGAAAAUGGAUUGGUUAUUGUUAAAGCUUCAAAUACUGACACACCGACUUUGACUGGAAAUCUACUAGAGAAAGAGACAUUACCAGCUGUAAAACUAACAAGUGAGGAACAAUCAGACAUCCAGACUGAAUAUAAUAAAAUGAAAGAUACAGCGGAUUCUGAGAAAGAAGUUGAUAAAUCCGGGGCAGGAACUUUGGAAUUCAAAAGCAGGGAGGGGGAGAGUCUCAUCAAAUGCCCUUUAGAAGAUCCCGAUGAUAUGCAAAUGAAAAGUGUUAUGGAUGAUACAAACAAAACUGCAAAUUCUGAUAUGGCUGGAGUAGAACAUCAGAAAGUGGUUGUUGAAGGAACAAUAACAAUUCCAGAGGUAGAAAAACCAACGGAGGAGCCAGUAAAAGUUGCUGGUAAUGAGCAAACCGCUCUUACAGAUUUGGUCAAAUCAAGUGAGGAAUCUUUGAAGGUAGAUGAUGAACAACAAACAGUGGUUACAGAUGUGGAAAGAUCAACUAUGGAACCUUUGAAAGUAGAUGAUGAAGACCAAACAGCGGUCACGGAUGUGGAAAGAUCAACCAAGGAACCUUUGAAAGUAGAUGAUGAAGACCAAACAGCGGUCACGGAUGUGGAAAGAUCAUUUAAGGAACCUUUGAAAGUAGACGAUGAAGACCAAACAGUGGUCACGAAUAUGGAAAGAUCAACUAAGGAACCUUUGAAAGUAGACGAUGAAGACCAAACAGCGGUCACGGAUGUGGAAAAAUUAACUGAGGAACCUUUGAAAGUUGCUGGCAAUGACCAAGCAGCAAUUACAGAUGUGGAAAAACGUAUUAAUAAUUCAGUGGAAACAGUUACAGAGAAACCAACUGCAGAAUCUCUAAUAGAUGCAGUUGAAACAGAGACUAAAGUUUCAGAAUCAGAUAAAUCAGUUGACGAGGACUUGAAAUCCACAUCUGACGAGGCUGCAAAGGAAGAAAUUGAAGCUAAAUCAGAACUUGCCCAGGCUAGCAAAGAACCGGCACAUCGAUUAGAGAAAUCUGAUGAAAGUAAUGACUCUGUUGCAAUGGUUCCAACAUCUGAUUAUGAGAAAACUGUUAUUGCCAACCCACCAGACAUCACAGCUGAAAACUGUGGGGCCUUCAAAAGGUCCUUCAUUGGGACCUGCUAGUCCUCCACCACAACAACAGCCCAGGCCAGGCAUGGCCAGGCCACCUGGUCCACCAGGACAAAGAAUGGGAGCUCCAAGGAUGGGAGGGCCACGGAUGGGGGGCCCAAGAAUGGCAGGACCAAGAAUGGCAGGGCCAAGACAGCCAGGACCUAGACAGCAGGGCCCACAGAAGCCCCCUGAACCAGCUGGAUUUUCUGGCUUUAUGUCCAUGUUUUCUACCCCAAAUGCCCCAAGUAAAGCACCAAAUGUUGGUGGAUUUUUUUCUGGUUCACCUGGUUCACUUUUUGGAUCAUCACCUGCUCCUCGUCAGCCCCAACCACAACAGAAAAGUUCAUUUUUCGGUCUUCCAAGUAGCAUUCCUACAGAAUCCCUUACUAGUGACUUAUUUGGUAUAUUCAAAGGUCCUGAAACUUCGAAAUCAGAGGAACAUCAACAGCCUGGGCAAGAGGAUACUGUCACAGUAACAGUUACUGAGGGAACUGACAAGACACAUACAGAAAGCACACCUUUAUCUGGAGAAGGGCAUGUUAAAAGCCCUGACGACUCUGAACUCCCUGAAAAAGGAUUAGUGGAGCAGGCAGAACGAACAGACAAGACCGAAGCGGAUGAAAGUUGUCUGACCGAGUCCACCAUGAAAACCGCUUUCACUGAGAAAGAAGCCGGGGAUGAUAAACAUGCAGAACAGUUAGAGGGGCCAGGGUCUGCAGUGUGUGACAAAGCUGCCCCUGCCCCAGCUGCUGAAAACAAAGGCAUGUUUGAAAUACCCAGUCUGACUGCUCCUAAAUUUGGCUUUAUGUCUGUAGCUGCUGAAGGUACAUCAUCUUUUGGAUCCCUUUUCUCCAACUCUUCAUCCCCAGCCACUGUUACAAAGACACCACAGCCACAACAGACAGACGGUGGUCUCUUUUCAGGUUUUAAAAGCCUUUCAGCUGGUAUUUUCCAGGAUGAGAAGCCAACUGGAAAGGAUGAACCUCCAUCUGCUUCAUCCGUGUUUGGCAUGACACUUGGCUCGAUGUUUGGGAACUCUGAUCCAGUGAAACCUGAAUCCACUCCUCUGGUGUCAACAGCCCAACCUCAGUCCGAAAGUCCCAAACCAACAGAUGAAAUUUGUGAGCCCGAGCCUAAGCGACUUUCCCU